AUGGCGUCUAGGAAUCGUUCAGGUAACGGGUUACCAGGCCAGGCGGGCACGGAAGUCGAUUGGGCGACGAUUGUACGACCCGAUGAUCCGUUCGUUCGGUGGAUUAAGGAGCAUCACGCUGCCGCGUUAACCCGCUGCGACGGCGACGAAAACAUCGAAAGCCACGACGACGACUUUAGCGACGACUUUGGCGACGACUUCAGCGACGACUUCGGCGACGGCGACGACGAUGGCGAAAGCGAUGCCGAAAACGAUGGCGAGUCGGACGACUCGUACGAUAUCGACGAGUACCACCUCAGAGAGCGGUUCGGAAGGCCGUAUGACUCAACGGAAGACUUGUUUCGAGACAGGGAAGCGGAUCGAAACAGGGAAACGGAUCGAAACAGGGAAACGGAUCGAAACAGGGAAACGGAUCGAAACAGAGAAACGGAUGCAGAGGCCGAAACGGGUCGCGUGGAGGAACCGGGUCGCGUGGUGCAACCGGGUGGCCUCGAGGUCCCUUGGUACGAACUUCAAGAAGGCGAGAAGGAAGGAGAGGAACUGGCGGAGCUCGCGGCGCGGAAGAUGAGUCAGUGGAGCGAUGCGGAGCUGAUGGAGCUCGCAGCGGCUGUCGUUUUCUGCCGGCACAGCGGGGAAGUCACGAUACGGAGCGGCGGCAGGGGGGACGUAUACUGGCGGCAGGUGUGGCGCGCGAUCCGGCGCGCGAAUCCCGAAUGGCGGCGCAUCCCGACAGCGAUGGCGAAGCAGUGGGUGCGCAUGAAAGCGCGAUACGACGCGGAGACGCACGACCCGCGGCGGAAGCGGCGGCGGCGGAAGCAGGGGGGGACGGGGCGGUGCCCCGCGAAGGGGAGGCCGCCGGGGGGCGCGGAGCAGCAGGCGGGGGGGGGCUCAGUUGAGCAGCGGCAGGGAGGGUCUACUAACGCGGAUGAGCAACUUAAUAACGAGUCAGUGGGGAACACAGGGGCGAAGGCAAAGGUGAGGGGAAGGCCCAAGGGGGGAUGGUGGAUUGGGACAAAACCAGCAUGGGGGCCAGGGGCAGAACCAGCAUGGUUUGAGUACAUACGACUGUUCUAUGAAACUGAGCUUCAGGCGAGGAAAUACGUGGCAGCCAAAAAGGCUAGAAGAGCAGGUAGAGUUUCUGCUGCUGCUACUGCUGCUGCUGCUGCUGCAAAGGUGUUUACGGCAAGGAAGCAGCCUGCUGAAAUGCCGGAUUAUGCGUUCCCUGAGAGCAUUGCAGCAGCGCCACCCACUGUCUCUCCCGUUGCACCUGCUGAGAGGCAGAGGCAACCCUCUGACUCUAGGCAACCUUCCGACAGCUACUUGCAGAGCCUGCGUAACAAAGUCGCGCCUAUUCCUGCUCCCACCACUACAGAUCCGAUUCGUGACAUCAUGCGAAAAUACACUGACUCGACGCAAGGACGUGGGGACUCGACGCAUCAGGCAAGGGGAUAUGGUGCAUCAGGCAACAGUCUGUUGCGCGUGCCUGGUAACAGGGUUACGUUUGCUGCUGGCGCUACAUCCCCCCUGCCUGCUACACCCCCCCUGCCCGCUACAGCCCCGCUGCCUGCCACAGCCCCCCUUCCUGCUACGAAUUUUCACCUGGCGAGUUAUGAACCAGUAUCAGCCCACAGACAAGGCACAGUAGCAGCAGCGGAUGAUUUGACUUCUGGGGGUGUCUCACUGCGUGAAAGGGAUGGUAAGAACGAGCAGCGAGAUAGGGAUGGUAGGAAGGAGCAGCGAGAGCGGAACGAGAGAAGAUUUCCAAGGAGGGGAGCAGAGGGACUCACAGGAGGUGGAAAGGAUUCGAGCGCAGGGGUUUCGGGCGAGAGGCGGGGCGAGAGGCGGGGCGAGAGGCGGGGCGAGAGGCGGGGCGAGAGGUUGGGCGAGAGGUUGGGCGAGAGGUUGGGCGAGAGGUUGGGCGAGAGGUUGACUGCAGCGAUGGGUGCUGCGGUGAGAAACCCGUGCAUUCAGUUUGAUGAGCUCACCCGGGAGUUGCUGCAUGAUGCUUACUCGCGGUUUGAGGAGCUUUCUCAAAAACUGGCAGAGGACGCUUCUGGUCAGUUCGAGGAGAUUGCGAGAGAGUUGAUGGAAGAGUGUGCGACGGCUUGCCGCGAUCACAAGAAGCGUAAGAGGAGGUAA